AGUGUAAAGCAGACAAAAUCCAUGUUAUGAUCAGUGAUAAAUGAUAAAUGUAUGAUAAUGACUCUGUCAUGAGUGUAAAGAGUUAAAGUGGUGUCCUGUUGUGAUGUCACACAGUCCAUCUUAGUAAAAAUACAGAAGCGUGUUUUAAUGCAGCUCUACAAAAUUAGACUGGUAUAAGAGUUUGACUUUAAGAGGACUUUUCAGAUCUGUGGACCACCAGGAACAUCAUUUUAGGUCUGCAGUACAGCUUUUUUCCCUUCUACAGCUGUUCCAUGUAGCCAAAUAUCCGUGAAGUGAGAGCUAGUGCUUUUGGUGUGAGCAGGAGGCUAACGCUGCUAAGCUAUGCUAGCUUUCAUGGUCACCACACAUCGCAAAUAAUUCUUCAUGUAAAACAAAAUCCUCCUCCAAAAUCAUGGGGAACGGAAUGAACAAGGUUAUUGACGGUCUCUAUUUAGGAAAUAUAAGAGACUCAGAGAACCGAGAAAGUCUGUCUCAGAAUGGCAUCACUCACAUCCUGUCUGUGUACAACAACGCCAAGCCGGUACUCGAGGACAUGACGUACCUUUGCAUACAUGCAGCAGACGCAUCUAAUCAAAACUUGUUACAGCAUUUUAAAGAGUGCAUCCGCUUCAUCCAUGAGUGUCGGCUUAACGGAGGGGCGUGUCUGGUUCACUGCCUAGCUGGAGUUUCACGCAGUACCACCAUGGUGGUGGCCUAUCUGAUGACCGUCACCACCUACGGCUGGGAGGAGUGUUUGUCUGCGGUUAAGGCUGUGCGAUCGUUCGUGGGUCCUAACUGCGGGUUCCAGCAGCAGCUACAGCAGUUCCAGCGGACGCAAGUUUCAGAGUAUCGUGCUUGGCUCCGGACCAGCUACAGGCCCAGCCCGUUUAAAGACCAAGAGCAGGUUUCGGCUUUACUCAUCCUCUACGCAGAGCAGCAGGCUCAGGAGCGGCGGAGACGAGGAGACCAGGACUGGAUGAACCAGGCUUCUGGUGUUUAUGCUCUGCCUUACAGACGCUGUAAUAGAUGAGUGAUCGCCUUACUGCACUAAAAAAACAAGAGCUACAGGCUCUUAAUGACUGCUGCUCACCUGUAUAACAACAUACACUAAGCUUAACUGAGCUCAGUAAUAUCACUUUUACUGCUCUUAGUUAAGACUUUUAGGUUAUUAUGUCUGAAUUAAAAACAUAACCAAACCACUGAAUGUAUCAUCAGUCCACUUCCAGUCAGCACAAAUAAAAAAAUAAAGUUGUGUAUUGAAUACAGUGAUUACACUGAAUCACUCUUCCUUAGGAAAGCACCUCUACUGAUCGCUCCAGUGACAUCUAGAUUCAUCAUCAAGCUGUUUUCCUUUUUGAUAAAUAAAUGUGCUCAGAUUACCCGUCCACUGGAAAAGUUGUAAUUUUUAACUUUUUUUAUUUUUUUUUAUUUUUAAAUUACCCAUCAGGUUACAACAUGUUGUAAUUUUUGAUUUUUUUUAAUUUAUUUUUCUGUUAAAUAAAAAUGGUCAGACAACCCAAUUACUGGCCAAGUUUUGCAUUUUAGUUUUUUUUUUUUUUUAUUUAAUUUAUUACCUGUCAGAUUACCCAUCCACUGGACAAGUUGUAUUUUUAAUUUUUAUUUUUAUUUAUUUUUCUGUUAAAUAAAAGUGGCCAGAUUACCCAUCCACUGCACAAUAAUAAAAUAGUCAGGUUACCCAUUCUUGAAGAUAUGUUUAAAAUAAA